AUGUCUGCCGCCAUCGCUUCCCUCGCUUCCUACGGCAGCGACUCAGAUCCAGAAAACGAGUCAGAAUCUAAAACCACCGAAGAGGCAGAUGAUCCGGACGCCACAGCGCACCUUAAACCAUUACAAUCUGAAAAGACAAUGGCGUUGGCUGUCCUUAACUCUGCCCCUGAAGUCGCUGUAAAGGAGUCUGUUGAAACUGGUGUGCAUUUAGAUCCUGCUUUGAAAGAAGUUUCUUAUAAUCCAUCAUUUGAAACAAUGUUUGCCCCCGAGUUUGGACCAGAGAACCCUUUCAGAUCCCAGCAAAUGGCAGCGUCAAGAAACAUGUUAUCUGGCUAUGCAGAACCGGCUCAUGUCAAUGACUUUAUGUUUGAACAGCAAAGGAGGACAUUUUCCACAUUUGGUUAUGCUUUGGAUCCAUCAGUGGACACAAACCAGGUUUCUGCUACCAGCUAUAUUGGUGCUGUUGAAGAAGCUGAAAAAACCCAAGGUGUAACUGUUUUUGAGAGUGGGCACAAGAAACCAGAAAAAAGGAAAAAGGUUAAAGGUGGAGACCCAGGCGAGAUAGAUAAUUACCUGGGACCAUGGGCCAAAUAUGUUGAUGAGAAAAACGUGGCUAAACCAACUGAGGAUGAGAAGAAAUACUUAGAAGAGUAUCUUGCAAAGCGGCAAAAGAGAGGCAGAGUUGAAGAAGAGGCACCUGCUGAAGAGAAGACAAUUCUCCAUGUCAAAGACAUGUUCGAUUACCAGGGGAGAUCCUACCUUCACGUGCCGCAAGACGUCGGCGUCAAUCUGCGUUCCACAGAGCCUCCUGAAAAGUGUUACCUUCCAAAGAAACAGAUCCAUGUUUGGUCCGGACACACCAAGGGAGUCAGUGCAAUUCGACUGUUUCCAGGCUCGGGGCAUUUGCUUUUAUCCUCAUCAAUGGACUGCAAGAUUAAGUUAUGGGAGGUUUAUGGUGAAAGAAGAUGCAUACGGACCUUUAUUGGCCACAGUAAAGCAGUUCGAGACAUUUGUUUCAAUAAUAACGGCACAAAGUUUCUCAGUGCUGGUUAUGACCGCUACCUGAAACUGUGGGACUCUGAAACAGGCAAAUGCAUCUCUCGCUUCACCAACAGAAAGGUCCCCUACUGCGUCAAGUUCAAUCCCGACGAAGAAAAGCAGAACCUCUUUGUGGCCGGAAUGUCUGAUAAGAAAAUAGUCCAGUGGGACAUCCGGACAGAGGAGGUGGUCCAGGAGUACGAUCGGCACUUGGGAGCCGUGAACACCAUCACAUUCGUGGACGAGAACCGGCGCUUUGUCAGUACGUCUGAUGACAAGAGUCUGCGAGUGUGGGAGUGGGACAUCCCCGUGGACUUCAAAUACAUUGCCGAGCCCAGUAUGCACUCCAUGCCAGCUGUUACGCUGUCUCCCAACGGUAAGUGGCUGGCAUGUCAAUCUAUGGACAACCAGAUUCUUAUCUUCGGAGCGCAGAACCGCUUCAGGCUGAACAAGAAGAAGGUCUUCAAAGGGCACAUGGUGGCUGGUUAUGCCUGCCAAGUGGACUUCUCUCCUGAUAUGAGUUAUGUGGUGUCUGGAGACGCAGAUGGAAAACUCAACAUUUGGGAUUGGAAAACCACUAAACUCUACCACCGGAUCAAAGCGCAUGACAAAGUGUGCAUCAGCGCUCUGUGGCACCCCCACGAGACCUCCAAGGUCAUCACCUGUGGCUGGGACAGUCAGAUCAAACUGUGGGACUAA